CACAUUUUGUUUUGCUUUCCCGAGGUGCGUUCGAGUGAUUUUAGUGUGCCGCAUGUUGAACUUUUAAAGAUUUCAUAAAUCGGAAGUAUUUUCUUUAAAAUGUUUAGCUCAAGUUUUUUAACAGCGCGUCUAUUAAGGCAAAAUACAUUGUUAACCGGGCUGAUUCAAACACGCAACAAAAACUAUCUCAAUCGACCUCGAUUACGAAAUCCAACUUGGUUCGUUAGAAAAGAACGCACGGUCCAUGAUGAAAUGCUCACGGCUGAAAAUACAUCAUUUGUAAAAGAAGUACUACACACCAAGUUCGGGCCUCCAGCUUUGAUGAAAGGAGUGCUUACAUUUGACCAAUCGAAUCAAUCGUUGAUUCGUACAGAGGAAUUACCUGCCGUCGAAUGGCGUCAGGGAUUGAAAAGAACAGGAGUAAUUGCAAGAAAAAUAGGACAAUAUCCUCUGUGGAAAAAGGAUGGUACCAAGAUCCGAACCACGCUGCUACAGGUGAUUGAUAACCACGUCGUCAAGUAUGUACCGCCGGAGGAAUUUAAACCUCCUCAUGAGCCAAAACAGAAGCGUAACUGGAAAAAUCCCUACGGAUGUUUGCUAGUCGGAGCACAAAGCAAAGAUCCUUCAGUAUUUACCAAAGAAUACUGUGGUCUAUUCAAGGACUCAGGUGUACUGCCAAAACAGCAUUUGUGUCGAUUCAUCAUAUCACCAGAAGCUCGGUUGUUGCCAGGAACACCUUUGAAUGUUACCCACUUCAAAGUAGGAGAUGUUGUCGAUGUUCGAGGAAAAACAGUGGAUCAUGGCUUCCAAGGGGUUAUUAAACGGCAUGGUUUUAAGGGAAUGCCCGCGUCCCAUGGCGUGACAAAAACGCAUCGUAGACCCGGUAACAUUGGUGCUGGUGGUGGUAAAGCACGCGUGUGGCCAGGAACCAGGAUGCCUGGCCAUAUGGGUAACCGAUGGCGCAACCUGAGAGGCUUGAAAAUAUGGCGAAUCAAUACCAAGUACAACGUGAUGUGGGUGCAGGGCAGUAACAUUGCUGGAGACACAAAUGGACUGGUGUACAUCUACGAUACAAUUCUGCCCUUGAGGAAGUACAAAGAGUCGCCAGCUUUCCCAACGCAUUUUGAGUCCGAGAACGAUUUGUAUGCCGACGAAGACAUGUGGCAAGAAGAGAUUCAUAACUUUAAAGGUGGUUCGAUAACUUUUAAAGAAGAAUAAGUUAUAAAUGAUAAUAAACGAUGAUAAGUUUAAAAAGUAUGAAA